AUGCACACAGCGAGAAGCUCAUGCACACAGGCAUCUCAUGCACACAGGCAUCUCAUGCACACAGGCAUCUCAUGCACACAGGCAUCUCAUGCACACAGGCAUCUCAACAGCCAGGCAUCUCAACAGCCAGACAUCUCAACAGCCAGGCAUCUCAACAGCCAGGCAUCUCAACAGCCAGGCAUCUCAACAGCCAGACAUCUCAACAGCCAGGCAUCUCAACAGCCAGGCAUCUCAACAGCCAGGCAUCUCAACAGCCAGGCAUCUCAACAGCCAGGCAUCUCAACAGCCAGGCAUCUCAACAGCCAGGCAUCUCAACAGCCAGGCAUCUCAACAGCCAGGCAUCUCAACAGGCAGGCAUCUCAACAGGCAGGCAUCUCAACAGGCAGGCAUCUCAACAGCCAGGCAUCUCAACAGCCAGACAUCUCAACAGCCAGGCAUCUCAACAGCCAGGCAUCUCAACAGCCAGGCAUCUCAACAGCCAGACAUCUCAACAGCCAGGCAUCUCAACAGCCAGGCAUCUCAACAGCCAGGCAUCUCAACAGCCAGGCAUCUCAACAGCCAGGCAUCUCAACAGCCAGGCAUCUCAACAGCCAGGCAUCUCAACAGCCAGGCAUCUCAACAGCCAGGCAUCUCAACAGGCAGGCAUCUCAACAGGCAGGCAUCUCAACAGGCAGGCAUCUCAACAGCCAGGCAUCUCAACAGCCAGGCAUCUCAACAGCCAGGCAUCUCAACAGCCAGGCAUCUCAACAGCCAGGCAUCUCAACAGCCAGGCAUCUCAACAGCCAGGCAUCUCAACAGCCAGGCAUCUCAACAGCCAGGCAUCUCAACAGCCAGGCAUCUCAACAUCCAGGCAUCUCAACAGCCAGACAUCUCAACAGCCGGGCAUCUCAACAUCCAGGCAUCUCAACAGCCAGACAUCUCAACAGCCAGGCAUCUCAACAGCCAGGCAUCUCAACAGCCAGGCAUCUCAACAGCCAGGCAUCUCAACAUCCAGGCAUCUCAACAGCCAGGCAUCUCAACAGCCAGGCAUCUCAACAGCCAGGCAUCUCAACAGCCAGGCAUCUCAACAGCCAGGCAUCUCAACAGCCAGGCAUCUCAACAGCCAGGCAUCUCAACAGCCAGGCAUCUCAACAGCCAGGCAUCUCAACAGCCAGGCAUCUCAACAGCCAGGCAUCUCAACAGCCAGGCAUCUCAACAGCCAGGCAUCUCAACAGCCAGGCAUCUCAACAUCCAGGCAUCUCAACAGCCAGACAUCUCAACAGCCAGGCAUCUCAACAUCCAGGCAUCUCAACAGCCAGACAUCUCAACAGCCAGGCAUCUCAACAGCCAGGCAUCUCAACAGCCAGGCAUCUCAACAGCCAGGCAUCUCAACAUCCAGGCAUCUCAACAGCCAGGCAUCUCAACAGUCAGGCAUCUCAACAGCCAGGCAUCUCAACAGCCAGACAUCUCAACAGCCAGGCAUCUCAACAGCCAGGCAUCUCACGAUCGCCUGACCUACGCCCCCCUGUACAGCCCAGGUGUGAGCAGCCGAAUGUCAUGGAUGAAGUUCAUCCCUUCUGUCACCAUCGCUGUCAUCAGGCGCACCACAGGAGAACACACUAG